AUUCGGUACCGGUUCGUGUUUGGAAAUCACGAGUCACAUGAUUAUUUGGCAACAAACUAGAGAAUAUGGAAUAGACAUUCAACCACAACAAACCGUCGUAUACUACUACAAACCAGAGCGAAAUUAGGGAAUCUUUUACUCAGGACUAAUAAUUUUUUCCUCCAGAAUCUCUUCUUGAAAACUACUUAAAUUUGACCGUGGAUCCGCUUGGCCCUUCUCGUAGGAAAAAAAACUGAUUUCCUUGGAAUUCCAGUGCUUCUGGUCUUCAUUCCCUAGUGUGUGUUGGUUUGUACUCCAUGUUUUACCCGUAAAGAAGAAAAUUCAGGCCUUGGUUUGAAGCGCGUCGUCCAUUGAAGAUGACAGAACAACUAGAAGCAACUGAAGGCAAUCUAAUACAGCACAUCAUCAACGACUUAAAGUCCAGUGGGCCGGUUUGGGAUGAUUUUGUAGCCAAGGCUGGCAAACUCCACUCUGCUUUGAGAGCGACGGCCUCCGCGGCAGAUACAUUCCUGGACGCUUUUCAACGUGUGGCAGAUGUAGCCAACAGCUCAAGAGGCUCAUCAAGGGACAUUGGUGCCUCCUUGACCAAGAUGGUGCUGAGACAUAAAUGUAUUGAGGGAAAACUCAAGGCAUUGAUAGGGUUACUCUAUGAUUCCUUAAUAAGUCCUUUACAAUCCAGUCUGGAUGAAUGGAAGAGAGGAGUUAAUCAAUUGGAUAGAGACCAUACUAAAGAAUACAAAAAGUGCAAGCAAGAAAUGAAGAAGAUCACAGCUGAGACUAUAAAAUGGCAGAAGAAAGUUAAAAAAGGCAAAACAGAAAAUCAGGAACGCCUGGACGCAGCUGUUAAGCAAGCCAAUAUCCAACUGGCAGCAUUUGAAGACCAGGAAAGGAAGUACUUGAGGAAGGUGUUGAUAGAGGAGCGUUCACGAUACUGUACCAUGGCAUCCUGUGUCAAGACUGUUGUGGAGCAAGAGGUAUCCAUGCUAAGUGAAAUUGAGCACCUGGAGUCUCUGUUGGCAGACAUCGUGAAACAGACCUAUAAUCCUGCUGCUCUUCCCGUGGUCGGCGAGGACCUGGUACGAAACCUACGUCUGUCAGACCAMUCCUCAGGGUCCUGGGACGAUGAACAGACGCCUCCACCAAGCCCCACGAACUCCGCAGUACGUACUCCCGCCCAUCCAACAGCGCUCCAACUAUCUACUAGUCCAGUCCACAGCAACAUCCGAGAUCCACCGACAACUCCACCUCCCCCUCCCCCCUCAGAAAAGGAUGCCUAUUAYGAUGCGUUUAGUCGUCACUAUUCUUUCUCGGCCAAACACUCAAGUAAUAAGGGAAGGGUUCAACGUCCAAAGCUUAUUCCCGCAACUCCACAGGCGUCUCCCAAGAAGCACCAUACCAGCAUGAGGUCAUCUAGUUUUAGUAUUUCCUCCAAUUCGUCGUAUUCAUCGAUGUCUUCUCUCGGUUCAUCGCUUGGGUCACCGUCGACAGAGUCACUGCCCCACCCACCGCCACCUUUACCGGCCCAGCAUGCAGCAGGAUCUGUGGAUCAUCUUCCUCCUCCACCUUUCCCUGRAGUGCCUGUUGCCCAAGAUCAAGCUGGUCAUCCUCAGAAUGAUCGUUCAUCUUGGAUGACGGCAGAUUCUGGCUGCUGUUCGUCAUCAUCAGGCGAGAGAUCUCCAUCAACAUCAAUGGGUCAGGUCUACUGCCCUACCGUUCCAGAGUACCCUCCAGAAGAGACCACCAUCUCCGGACACCAGUAUGCCACGCCCUUCGCGACGUCAUCACGAAAUCGAUGCAUGAGUGAGUCUGCCUCUUCUAACCUACAGGGGAGGGUGCAUCGUAAAAGUGAUAGCGAGGCGUCCUCGCAGAGCAGCUAUUAUUCCGGCGGAAGUGACGUCACAAGCAUCGUAUCUAGUGACUCGGGGUACUUUGGUCAAGGGCACCCACAUCCGGAAUGGCACCAGGAAAACUCGGCCCCAACCUCCACUUCACCCCCAAAACAACGAAGCGCCUUCAAUAGAAGUCAAAGUGUAUCUGGACGGCCGAGUGCGGCACAGGCAGCCCAACUAGCAGUAUUGGCUAGCCACGCAGCACGAAGCAGGAGUGCUCCCAUGCCUCCUGUAAGAAAGUCUUCAGUACCACCACCCUGUCCUGAGAGGUUUGCUUCACUGUUGAAAGAAGAACAGGCAAAUGAAGAUGCCCAGGAAGACAACGGUGAUAAGCCAAGCUUGCUUCUAAAGCAAAUCCAAAUGCAGAGACAAGCGAUCAAAUCCAAGUCGAAACCCACCACUGGAGCUGUCAAUCAAAGCUGAUCGUCUAUUAAAACUUAUUAGCUCUUGUUAAUCUUUGGAGAAGCCAUAUUGUUUGAGCUGUGUCAGAAUUUGACAUGGACGAUGCGAUACUAUGGAUAACUCAACAUCAAUAUGSUACACGUCCACAACUGAACUUUGUGAUGUUUUAAUAGCAUUGAAACUGGAUAUGAAUAGACAUGAUGGUGACACACGUGUUUUAAAAUGGAUGCCGCAUUGACUUGAAUUUGAGUCUAUUGGAUUAUCCUUUAUGAUUCGUCUUUGUGGUCCAACUUCGUUGGCGCUGCAUCGUCAUAUAAAGUGAAAAUUACGAUAUGUUGCUAUGGAAACCUGCCAUACAACAAGGAUGAAAACRAAGGGAAUCUGCCAUGUCCUUCAAUGGGGUUGCCUUAAAUGCGAACAAGUUUCCAAAAAUCAGUAUUGGAAUSUACUUGAAAGAGAGUAUUAUCGUUAAAAUGUUAUGUUAGUACCGAAAGACGUUACCAAAUAGCGAGCACGUUUCCACAAACCAUGCUUGAAAGAGAGUACUCACUUCAAAAUGGUCUGAAACAUUUYGUUUUGUCAGUAGCGAAAGACGUUGGUUUUCACUUACUGGUCAGGUGACUCAACUUCAGCAUAUAAUAUAAGUAACAAAUGGAAGAGACAGCGUCUUUGCAAGACAUGAUGAAUAAAUCUUUCAGUGAAAAAGAGUAAUCAAGACAAAGGAUGCGGAAUCGUUGCUUGAACCUUCGGUGAGGAUGAAGGUUGUUUUGAAGGAAAAAACAAGAAACCAAGAAGUCUUUGUUUAGAUGAACUAUAAUCAUAUCGACAAUAUUGUUACUUGAAUGUGCUUUUGAUCAAGACGAAAGCGCUCUUAUCCGCGUCCUUUUACUUUACGUUAGAGGUUCGGUGAAAGUGCAGUGGAUUCCAAAAUCAUCAUGGCUAGAAAAUGGCACCUUUAAAAGAAGGGAGUUUUCAUAGCUCAUCAAUACAGUGGGAGAAAGGGCAGGUGYAAUCCUUAAUAGUUUUUCGUAUAAGUUAAAUACUUUCUUCUACUUUGACACAAUGRAACUUUAAAAUUCCGGGCGUGUUACAGAAAACGGUGGUAAGCAAUGAAAACUCUCUGAUAUGUUUUGUUAAGUUUCUUGUUUUUCCCCCCUCUUGUCCAUUGAUCCAUUGCCUGACGUACAUUAUCAGAAAUUUGUAUACAAAGAAAACGAYAUUUCAUAGCUUAUUUGAGAGUAUAGCAUAAAAAAGUGGUUAAAAAAAGCAUUGACUUUGAUAGAAAAUAUUUAAAAGUUAUAGACAAAAAAGUAUCGUAUGAAAGAAAGUAUAUUAGGGUUUUUCAAUUCAGUUCUCAGGCCUCUCGUUUCUCGGCCAGAGGAAUACGAGCUCAAGUAGAGGUCUGGGUAAGAUUACAGGGUUCGUGAAGUAAUCUUGUUUUUUCUAGUAAUGCCGUUAAAGCUUAUGCCGAUUUUAAAUAAGUAAUAUAAUUCCUAGCAAUGAAAUUCAAUCUUCACCACAUUUGCAUUCUCCAUAAUGUCAGUCUUCAGCAUAAUAUUUGCGAUUUUUUUCCUGCUUACCUCCCAAACCACAAUGUACUAUGGGGAAUGUAAAGUGGUGUCUAAGAACCGUUUAUAUGAAGKUAGGGUGACUAUACUGUUAUGGCUUACUCUUGUUUUGGGGGUCUUUUAGCAAGAAAAAUAAGAUACUUGCCCCCAACAGUAUAGUCAUCUAUGCAUGCCUAGUUAAUGUCCGUAAAUUAGGCAUARUUGUUUGACUUGAAACUGUUUUUCCCGACCAAUGUUCAGUCGAGAGAAUGUAAAAUCUGGAUGACACUGGUGAAUGCCUAGCUCCACCAAGCCAAAACGGAAGGCAGGCAGAGGGCAGAAAGAGACCUCUGCUAAAUCUGCAAUAUUUAACGAUUUGCUCCUUCAUUCCCCGAACAGUUAAUGUUUUCACCAGUGUCUUUCUGAAAAGGUUUCUUUACUUUAUGUGUUCUCAUUUAUUUAUUCUCAGAACAGGUUCUUUAUUAGGUCUGUUUCUGCUUUGUUGCAAGAUUAGCUGCUUAGUAUAUUAAUGCUGAAAUUUAUGUAACUGUAAAGAGAAUGUUGAGAAAUGAGUAUAUUAAAGUGCCUAUACCACCUCACUUAAUAUUUUAAGUAUUGAUCCUACGUGAAGUGGAUAGUUGAACGGUAAAAGAUUUUCAUAUGRUUUGAGUGAUGAAUCUUGAAGAUAUCAAGGUUUAUACAUCCAAUAUGUUAAUGAGUGUGAUGUCAUUAUAGGAAUUUGAGUUUGCUUCUCAUCGCUUUUAAAUUGCAACACUGAUAACUGAGAAAAAAAAAAUUGCUAGUAGUUUUCUAUAAACCAUGAGUCUGCCCCAGAAAAGUUUGUAUAUUUAAUCUUGCCUAGAAUGACAUCACACUUAUUUGCAUGUUGGAAAUAUAAACUUUGAUAUCUUUUUUUGAUAUUUUUUACCAUUCAAAUACUCACUUUAUGUAGAAUCAAUACUGAAAAUAUUGAGUUAGGUGGUGUAGGCACUUUAAUGAAAAGAGAAUUAGAAAUAAAUGGAAAUUUCGAAUUGA